UGAAUCCUCUUCUCCACCCAUGCAGCCAUCUUGUUUGCCCUUAGAAUCCCCGUGUCUUUUCAUGGAAAAUUCUCCAAAAGACUCUAUUGACCAUCAGCAGGAUCUUAGAGUCGAACGACAGAAAGACGUCUCUGACAUUAAAAAGCACGCUUUAGCUGAAGAUGCAGAAAAUUCUUUUUGUAACGUGUCGUCAAACGAUUGUUUAAACGAUUGUGUACAGAAUUGUGAGGGAACAGAUUCUCAGUGCAACGUAUUUUCUAUAGAUAGGACAUCUGUGUUACAAAAUAGUUGUUUACCACAAGUUUCAAACAAAACCUAUGAGAAAUCAACUGUAAAUGACUGCCAGAUAAGCGAUACUCAAGAUUUAGAUAAAGCUAACGCUAAGGCUUGCUGGAUAGGAAAUAAAAGUGGAACCUUAACAGACAUGAGUUAUUCCAAUCCAAAAAAGUGCUUCCAGGAAAAAUUUUGCUUUGAUGAGUUGAAAACGUUAGGAUUAUUUUUAGCACAUAUUUAUGCAUUGUAUCAACAUACCGUAUGUUCGAAAAAUUGUAAGAGUUCACUGCAAAAUUCUGUUGCUUGGUUGGGGAUACUUGAUCAUUACGAGGAUGAAUUACUGGAUUUUGUCAGCAUGUGCAAUGAAAGGAGGGACGAACUCAAUCACGUGUUUUUGUGCAAGUCCUCUGAAACUGAGAAAGACACGGGAAACGAGUUGUUAAAACAGGAGAAUGAUUUCAAAACAUUCGAAAAAGGCCAAAAUCAAGAUGUUCUAGCCCAUACAUUUUUUGUACAUUCAGGGGUGCAAGAUGAUAAAUUUCUACAUUGUGUAGCCGAAUGGUAUCAAAUCAAAUGCCAUAAGGGUCUAUUUUGUAACAAAACCUUGAAAAAAGAACAAGAAAUUAAGGCGCCUCCAUUAAACAAUCUAACACAUACUUUGGUAUGUGAUGUGCAAGAAAAACCACAAUCUUCCGCGACACCUAAGAUAUUGAAGUACAAAAAUGAAAAAACGUGUGAGAGCGUGUCUGGAUCUUAUCAAAUCACUAAAUUAUUUUUUGAAUGUUUACAAGCACUCAAGGAAUUAAAAGAUAUAUUUGGUGGUGCGAGACAUAUUCAAAGCGAUAUUGAUUUAUCUUCAUAUUAUCUUCGAUCGGCUAUAAGUGCGUAUCAAAAACAUGAUUUGAGGAAAGAUACAGACGAAGAGAAAACAGCGUUGAGGAACAUGUACAAAGCAAACUGUUUACAUGAAGGAGAAUUAGAUUCACUUCUCUAUUCCGAUUCCACAUGCACAGGCAUAAGUCAUCGAAUGUGUGAAACAGGCCGCUGUGAAAAAGCUUCUUGUUUUUAUGAUGCUGCACUUUCUACUCCUCGUAUGCAGAGUAUCCGGAAUGUUUUGAAAAACAAAACAUUAGAUAACCGUGUACACGACGACGGUGAACAAGAAAAAGGUACAUAUGAGACUGCACAAGCUGGAGUAUCACAAGAAAUCUCUAUACAAGGACAACUUGGUAAAGAAAACAUUGUUGAGAAAGAGUUUUAUCCACCGAGCGAGCACAGCAACAUGGUAGCAACUCAAAAUAUACCAUUCAACUCUUUACCUGAUCAAUUAUGUUACGAGAAAGCAUCUUUACUUGAUACGAAAAAAAAUACUGCCGUCAACCAUCAACAAGAAUGUUUAUUAAUUUUAGGUUUUUUGAAAAGAGCGUCUCCGCAAUGGGCGGCACAUUAUCACUCUCAUGAAUGGCAUUCGCGUUACAUUUCAGUAGAAAGAAACGAAUCCAUUGAAAUGUACAUGAAAAUUUUUUUACCUCAAGAAUCCUUUUUCGCUUUGAACACAAUGAGCUGUCAUAAAAAUAAUUUAAUAUUAUCCUCAAGUUUUAUUUUGCCAAUGAAAAAUGCUUUUGAGUUACUUUGUUUGUGGUUCAAUCGCCUUGAUUGUUUUCGAUUGUCUCAUGAACCAAACUUUGAACCUUUUUUCCUGAUUCCAUCAGUGGAACAAAAAAAUUAUUCUCAACCAUUUCUUUCAUUAUCGUCUGAUAUUUUAAAUCAUGUGAAUUUCUUUUUAAACGACUCUGCACCUAAAUGGAAAAAAUAUUUAGACUUGCGUGAAUCUCAAGUAGUAUUUUCCUGUAACAAAAGACAUAACUCAACAACCCCUGGUGUCUCAACCUCUCCUUGCCGUGAACCUUCUUUUUUUACGCCGUUUAAGUGUCCUGAAACGAAACGUACCAACACUGAACAUAGUUCUGAAUCUCAAUAUACUGCGCAAACGUCUAACGGUGCUUCAACGAGAAAAGAAUUGGAUGACAUUUCUGCUGUUAAAAAUUCUAUGCUUAUGUAUCCUUCUUUGCACGACCCUCCACUCGUGUCCUUUCAAAAAUAUGAAACAGUUUCUACUUGUGCAACACCUGCUCGUUUAUCAAUGGUUUCUUUAAACUCUGCAUGUCAUAACCCACAAGAAAACGUUUUUAUGCCAUUCACACCUAAUUUGGGGAAAGUGACAAGCCAGAUACUAUCUCCAGUGAAAAUAACUCAUAAGCGUAAACGGCGUAUGGUGGUUAUGAUAUGCACAGCAAGGCCUUGUUCUUUACCGCCUUCAAACGAAACAGAGGAUGUCAAAAGCUUACUAUCACCUUCUUGUAAAAAACUAUGUUUGGUAACGAAACCUUAUCAUGAGUCAUCCGUACCAAAUUUUACACAACGGAUAUGUGAGAAAACGUCCCAUACUACCUUCUACAAUUCUUUUAUGUAUCAACCAAAUAACAUAACAUUUCAUGAUGCUAAAAAAAAUGAACUGAAUCCUUAUUUAGCAUCUGCUUUUGUAUCCCCUACUGCAUCCUUACGUUUUAAAAAUAAAAAAAUUCCUACUCAAAAACAGUUGCAUAAUGAAGAUAAAGUCACACGUCUACCGAUUUGUAAGAAGAAAAAGCUUUCUUCAAAACAACAAGAGGAUGUCUCUCUUGAAGUGCAAAAGCUACAGGCCACGUCGACAUCUGACGUUUUCUCUUCCUAUCCUGCUUAUUCUGAAGCGACCAAAAGUUCAUCUCCUCCAACACAUGAUCUUAGAGUGAUGUGGAAUCCUCAAGAAAAUGCUUGGGUUGUAGCUGUCGCAAAAGAGUUCUCGUCUUUAGGAUAUCCAAUUUUUUGUAGUUUUCCUGUUUCAAGAUAUGGUGCCGAUAUGGCUCGUUAUUUAGCGUUUCAAUGGAAAGACCAACAUGAUUCUAGUGUUCUAGAAGAACGCAUCGUCCAACAUCCCUCAAUUAUAACAACUCAUCAAAUUUGUGAUCAAACUAGUUCGACACCACCUUGUCAAAAUACAGACGAAAAAAAAUCAAGCCCGCCAUCACCAUCUAACCAUACGCUACCUUCUAAAAAUACAACACAGCAACGCAGUACAUCUCGGUCUUCCAAGUACACAACCGGUAAUACUCGCGCAACAACCACAUGCCACUCGCGUAACCCACCAAAGUCAGAAAUACCAGGUGUGUAUUGGUAUCGCAAUCGUAAUGGAUGGGUUGCUCAGUGGUUUGAAAAAGGUAAAAAUAAACACAAGUUUUUCGCUGCGAGUGCUUUUGGUAUUGAAGGCGCAAAAGAAAAAGCAAUUGCUUAUAGACUAAUGAAACUUGAGGAAAAACGGUUAAAAGGAUGGUAGUCGUUGUCUACAUAAAUUAUACAACUUUUUUUUAACUUUUAAUAAAAUUUUAACAACAGUACCUUAGUUGUACGAAAUAAGACGUUUUCUAACGUUAUGAGUAAAGAAACAAGUUACAAUGAGUCUAGAUUUCAAAAAAA